CAGCCACUGACUCGCUGACGUCGUUCCGUUGCGGGAUUUUAUGAUUACUCAACCAUCACUAAUAUAAGUAGCUGUUCUAGAUUUCUCUAGACGGCCUGGUGGAGGAAUGAGCCUCAUUUCCGAUACAGACUACCUCAAGCACGCUUUCCGUCUCGCAUAUCUUCGUCACGUCGAAGACUCCCAUAAGGAGUCCAUUAUUUCUCUUGAUCCAUCCUAUGCAUCCAAUCCGCAUAUUCGCGCAGCUGGACUCGCAGACCCUGAAUUAUGGCCUGAGAUCAACAGACCUCCUUCUCCUGAGCAUUCCCCUCCUUCUGAUGCUCCAUUUAAGCCCUUCAGACGAAAUCGGAGUGUGACGGUGGGAGGAACACCCAUUCUUGACGAUGACACGCGCGUUACUGGUCCUGCCCCAGAGGAAGGAAGGUUCCCUGGAGCGACAGGAUUAAGAUACACUCAAACUAUUAUGCCUCCCAACCGAGGUGGAAUUGGGGCUGGAAUGCGUGUAUCUGGUCGUCGACUGACAGCCUCUAGAGCUUCGCCAUUCAUUGCUGCACCUGUGACGGAAUCACGCCUUAAAUUAAAAGUGGACACUGAUGAAGUGGAUACACUACCUACGCCUAUUCCACUCAACAUUGCCCCCGCCACACCUACGUCUGCCGAAUUAGCACGCGUUCAAACGGAGGAUUCCCAAGAGAUCUCACGCCGUCGCAGCUCAGGCGGAUCUACGAUCACCGCACCUACUCCAACUUCUACUACCAACACCAACGCCGCGUCAUCAUCUUCUCCGCAAGUCAUACAACCGGACACUUCCUUACCACCAAUUGUUGCUCCCAAACUCGCUCGGAAUGCGGAAAUGGAGUUUCGCAGGAGGAUGAGAAUGCGCGCUCGAUUCCCCGGAAAUGAUCCUGUUGCUGCCGAGAGUGGUGAUUUUCCCCCACCUGCGGGUCAAAUCGCUCCGCAUCCAUCGAAUGUCCCUCCGAAACCGCUGACUUUUGCUGAUUUGAGUGAUACGGAGAGUGACCGAACCGCGAGUGGAAGUGGGAGUGGGAGUGGAAGCAUGAGUGGAUCCGUAUCGACGAGUUCGGGGGAAUCGUCCGUGGAGGGUGAGGACCAUGGUGAGGAAGCAGAUGAUGCCAGAGACGAAGAAUUUGAAGGGGCGGAAUUCCUUGCACCGGGUUACCCACAACGUCGAAUAUCAAUGAUCGCGUCUAACAACUCGGACGAAUUAUCCGUUCUCUCUGGUCAACUUGAUUUAUCCGUGUCCCAAAUUUCUGGAUCAACAGGGUAUAAUUCUUCCUUACAAAUGACUCAUAACGAACGGGACCGUGUGAGACGAAGCCCUGUCGCUGAAUCGUCCGCCGCACCACACCCCGCAAGAUUCGGGGCGCCUUUACUUCCGCCGCCCAUUGAAGACCCAACUCAAGUCCGUCAACGCCGACCUUUAAAACCAUUUACCACUCCCGACAAGGAUAAAGAUAAAGGACUACCUUUAGACUCAUCGAAUGCACCUAAUGCUACGAAUCCGUCUGCACGUCAGCAUUUGCCUGUAUCUCGAUCGACAUCCCAUGGCGGUACACCUCGUCAUUUAACCCCCAAGAUUUCUAUCCCUACAUUUCGGAAGAAAUCACUCCCACCUCGCAUGGUUCCUUCUUCAAACACCUCCAAUUCCCCGGCCUCCGCCUCGUCCAAGCAACCUCAAGUCAUCUCUGCCCUUUCUCAGAAACUGGCGUCCCUCUCUGCGGGAGGCAAUAAUGCCACGGGAAAAGAAGACAACCCGUUCACUCAUUUUUAUGCUGCCAUCGCUGGACGCGGCAGUGGCACAGGCACCACUACCAACAGUAACUCCAAUUCUUACCAAAUGGAAAUUUACUAUCAUGUCGUCUCUCCCAAAACUGGUAACGCCGAAAGUUGCAAGUACAGAAGGACACCGAAAUCGCUUAAAGUGCGAAUGGACGCAUGUGUGGAGGAAGUGAUUGGGUUUGCGUUGUGGAGUUAUUGGGAGGAAGGGUGUGAGCCUAGAUUGGACGAAGGUGCGAAGAAAUGGGAUGAAGAGGAGAGGAAAGUGAAGUCGAGUGCUAGUGCGUGGUGUUUGAGGAUUGUGGAGGAUGACGGAGAUGUGGAUGAUGAUUUUCCUGUUCUUGUGAGGACGAGUUCGAUUUCGAGGUGGUAUAGGCAUCCACUUGCUGUGGUGGAAGCUACUCCUUCACAAGUAAAAGAAAAUCUUGAAUCGGACUCCAAGAUCGUUCGUCGUCCAUCCAGACUCGUCAUCACGACUCGCGCCAAAUCGGAUUCCACUACCUCGGGACAAGGACCACCAUCGCAAUCAGCCCUGACCAAAUCUCAAGCUGGGUUAACGCCAGAUGCGAUCACGUCCUCUGCACUUACGGGAGGGAAUGCUCCUACGACGAUUACACAUGAGAAGAGUGGAGCACCAGUGUUUUUGAAGGUGAGAGUGGCUGAGACGGCGGAUGCGGCGUAUUAUUCCACUACGAUACAUGUCACAACGGAUACCUACCUGGCCGACGUCCUCGAUCUCGUUUGUAAAAAGAAAAAAAUUACUAAUCCAAAAGACUACGCGCUCCUUCUCGAGGAUUUGAGUAUUUUACUCCCACUUGACAGAACGGUGGUUAGUUUGGAGAGGAGGGAUAAGUUGUGUAUCAUGAAGAGGGCUUUGUUGGAAACGUUAGGUCCUGGAUUAGGGAGGCAACCUGGACGAGCGACGGAUCCUAAUGCGUCGAUAUUUGAUAAGAAUAAGCAUCAUGCCGACUUGCUGCCUGAUGUGGCCGAUUUCGCUUCGGUCUAUAAGAAAUAUACAAUUUAUCGUAAGAUACCCCGGAUGUUUGGGUCUCAUGAGAGGGUGCUGGCCAUUGAUGGAGAUUACAUCCACAUAAUGCCGUCCGCCACGAGGGCCUUGCUUGAUAGUCUGAAGACAUCUUCGUACCACAUUGGGGCAGUCGUCAAAUGCACAAUGUCAAAGAAAGGCUCCGCUUCAGUGAAGCUUAUCGUCCGGCGUGAGACUGGGGAUAAGAGAUACGAUCUGGAAGCUGAGAAUGCACAGCUUGCUGCUGAGAUCGUGACGACGAUUCGGAAUUUACAACGGACGUAUGGGGUUGAACGGUCAGGAUCGCAAAAUCGAUCGAAGAGUCGUCGGUCGAGGACUUCGGCGGUUAUGAUGACGUGAUUUACUGCUGAAAGUUGUUUUUUUUUUUUUUUUAAGUUAUCUGGAG